AUGGCGACCUUGGCGGAGAAGCUGGAGAAGAUCAAGUCUCCCAAGCUGCAGAACCAGCAACAUACGGCCGUAGUGCUCUCUGCAGUUGAAGACACACUCCGCGAUCAGAAAGCCGAUUUCUCUGCCACAGCUUAUUUCGCCGCGCUGUUGGCGCUCCUUGGCCAGUCGAUCUCCGCUACCCAAGGCAUUGUCAACAAGGACCUCGCUACUUCCGUUGUGUAUCUGCUCGACAUCACCACUACAUACGUCCCUGCGCCAAUUCUUCGUUCCAAGUUCUCCCAUAUCUUGACCAGUCUCGCGCCGGCCCUCUCCCUGCCCGAAGUCGAAGCCCCGCUCCUCCGUCCGUCGAUCGGCUGUCUUGAGUCUCUCCUCGUUGCCCAAGAUGUCGCGGCAUGGCAACUCCCACACACUCAAAUCAGCCCCCGUCGGGCCAUGGCUGGCUUGCUGAGCUUGUCGGUCGAUCACCGCCCUAAGGUCCGGAGACGUGCCCAGGAUGCUCUGAUCAAGGUCCUUAAGACCCCUCCCCCCAGCCCCUCCUUGGACCACCCGGCUGCCGACAUGUGCGCAGAGACUGCUAUGCGCACUCUGGGCGAUAGCAUCGCGGCGGCUGCCAAGGCGAAGCGUGGUCGCAACGACCCCCAGAACCGGGACAACCACGACCCUCUCGUCAUCCACUCCCUGCAACUUGUCAAGACGAUUGCCGUCGCUUCAGGCGGCUGGCCGAGCAAGAAGAUUGAGCCGCUGUGCGAGCUCCUGAUGAACGCCUCCCGGUCGACCAACGAGUAUAUCACCAUGGGCGCCUUCGAGGUCUUCGAGGUCAUCUUUUCCAGCAUGGCCAACGACUUCUCGUCCUCCAAGCUUCCUCGCCUGCUCGAGGCGAUCACCGACCUCAAGCCCGCACAGAACGACUCGCAGCUGCUGCCUCCCUGGAUCGCCGUCUUGUCGCGCGGGUACGAUGUGUCCGCGCAGACCAGCCCCGAGGAUACUUUCGAGAAGCUCCCUGCCUUGUUCAACAUGAUCUCCGGCUACCUUGCCUCCCCCUCGCGCAACAUUCGUGUGUCCGCAUCAGAGUGCUUGGUCUCGUUCCUGGCAAACUGCAUUCCCAAGAACGUGAUCAUCGAGCCCUCGGUCUACGACGAGAAGACACUCGAGAAGCUGGCGAAGGCUGCUAUGGACCUUCUCUCGGUGAAAUAUCAGGCCGCCUGGGCGGAAGUGUUCAAUGUUUGCGCAGCCAUGUUCGACAGCUUCAAGUGGCGCUCAAGCCCCUUCCUCGAUGACAUUGUCAAGACGAUCGGUGAGCUCCGCACCAACGAGUCGUUCCACGGAAAGAAGGAGGCGGAUAAUGUUCUGGGUAGUGCUAUUGAGGCCAUGGGUCCCGCGGCGGUCUUGGAGAUCCUGCCUCUGAACAUCAUCACCCAGAAGCCCGGCCAGCCCGGCCGUGUCUGGUUCCUCCCUGUUCUGCGUGACAAUGUCACUAACACCAACCUUUCUCACUUCCGCUCCGAGUUUGUUCCUCUGAGUGAAGCUCUGUACCAGAAGGUCAUGGCUUACAGCUCUGCCGAGAAGGAUGUGGAGAUGAAGAUCUUCGAGACCCUGGUUCAGCAGACUUGGGCUAUCCUGCCCGGUUACUGUGAGCUUCCUCUGGACUUGAUCGAGUCGUUCGACCAGAGCUUUGCUGAGCUUCUUUCCAACGUCCUCUACAAGCAGACGGAGCUGCGUGUUGACAUUUGUCGCGGUCUGCAGAACUUGGUUGAGUCCAAUCAGGCCAUCUUGUCCCUCGAGGAGGAGGGCGAUGACUUGAUUCUUCAGCGCAGAAUCACCAAGGAAAUGGCUGCCAAGAACAUCGCUCAUCUGGCCGGCUUCGCCAGCAACUUGUUGGCGGUUCUGUUCAACGUCUACAGCCAGACUCUUCCCCAUUACAGAGGCUUCAUUCUUCAGUGUAUCAAUGCUUAUCUGAGCAUCACCCCCGAGAAGGAGCUCAAUGAAACCUUUGCGCGUGUUGCGUCUAUGCUCGAAUCCUCCGUGGUUUCCGAGCAGGAAGAAGCCAAGCAGGGUACCCAGCAGCCCAGCUCUGGCAACAAGAUGCCCCCUACCUCCCACACUCUGAUCGAUCUCGUGAUUGCCAUGUCCAUCUACCUGCCGCGUUCCAGCUUUGCCAGCUUGUUUGCCAUGGCUGCGGCCAUUCUUAACGGACAAACAGGUGAUCAGCAAUUGAUCAAGAAGGCCUAUAAGCUCAUCCCCCGUCUUGCUACGACGGAUGCUGGCAAAGCCGCGCUCCAAGAGCGGAGUGGUGAGCUUCAGACCCUGAUCCUGUCUACCGCCGACAAGACCCCGUCGUCUGCCCGCCGCGACCGCAUGCUGGCUGUUCAUGAGCUUAUCACCUAUCUGCCCACUUCCGACUUGCACUUCAUCCCCGCUGUUCUCUCUGAGGUCGUUCUGGGUUGCAAGGAGAGCAACGAGAAGACCAGAACUGCUUCCUUCGACCUGCUCAUCCACCUUGCACAGAGAACGAUCGACUCGGAACGCAACCCGGCCGGCACCGUCAUCCGCAACUCCCUUGUGCCUCACAUGCCCGACAACGCCCCCGACGCCCCCGCCACCAUUGAGGAGUUCUUCACCAUGGUUUCUGCUGGUCUGGCCGGUAGCUCACCUCACAUGGUUGCCGCAUCCGUCACGGCGCUGUCCCGCCUGUUUUUCGACUUCCACACUCAGCUCUCUGGUGCCAUGAGCACUGAUCUUGUGCAGACCGUGGAGCUCUUCCUUACCAGCAACAACCGCGAGAUCGUCCGGUCCGUCCUGGGCUUUGUAAAGGUCGCGGUUGUGGUUCUGUCCGAUGAGGAUCUCCGCGCGCGCCUGAGCAGCCUGGUCCCCAACCUGAUGGUCUGGAGUAAGGAGCACAAGGGUCGUCUCCGCAGCAAGGUCAAGGGUAUCCUUGACCGCCUGAUCCGCCGCUUCGGCGCCGCCCCCAUCGAGGAGCUGGUUGGCGAGGCCGACCGCAAGUUGGUGGUCAACAUCCGGAAGCAGCGCGAGCGCCGCAAGAAGAAGAGAAAGGAGGGCGAGCAAGGUGACGAGGACGAGGACGAGGAGAACGCCGGUGCUGCCGGUGGGGCCGACAACAACGCCAAGGGCGGCCGCACCUACAGCAACGCAUUCGACAAGGCUGUGUACGACUCUGAUUUCUCCGACUCGGACGACGACGCUAGCGAGAUCGACGUCGAUGAGGAAGGUGGCACCCACGCCCGCGGUCGCGGUCGCGGCAAUCAGAACAACAACAACAACGGCCGGAAAUCCAAGCAGAGCGAGCAGUACAUCCGCGAGCUCUCACCCGAGGACAACCCGCUCGACCUGCUCGCCCCCGAUGCCCUGGCCAGCAUCUCGACCACGAAACCCAGCGUGCGCUUCCUCAACACGGGCCCUGGAUCCCGGAAGAAGCGGAACGCCAAGUUCGGCCCCGACGGCCGUCUCCUUCUGGGUGACGACGAUGACAAGGGGGAUGUUUCCACCGCCUUGGAUGACAACAACGGCGGGGAGAGCGGCAUCAACGCCUACGUCCAGGCCGUCAGCGGUCCCGACGCCGUCCGCCGCGGUCAGCGCGGUAAGCUCCGGAUGGCGCAGUCGCAGAAGAAGAAGGGUGGCAACGACGACAUGGACCUGGAUGAGGAUGACACUGCCGCCGUCGCGGCCGCGACCAGCUCGCGGCCCGGCCCCGGGCGUCGUGGUCUGGGUGUGCCCAAGUCCCACGGCCCCAGCAGUGGUGGCCGCAUUGAGAAGCGCCGGGAUGGUCGCGGUCGACCCAACGGUGGUGGUCGUGGCGGUGGUGGUCGCGGCGGUGGUGGUCGCGGCGGUGGUGGUCGUGGUGGCCGCGGUGGUGGAUUCCGUGGUAGUGGCGGAUUCCGUGGAAACAGAAGAUGA